AGGUGUCAUGUCUAUAAAAUCUCAUGCAUUUCUUUGGGUGAUUCCCUUUCCCUCCUCUCUGUUCGUGGCUGAGUGCAAAUGAGAAAGAAGAUGCAGCGUGCUGGCACAGUGAUGAGCAAAUAAUGAGCCUUCGAAACUCAGCAAUCAGAAGACGCACAAUUCAUCACUGCUUCUAUGAAAUUUUCUUUCACCUUCUGAAAACCUUUCUGGAAUUUAUCUUCCUCACUUCAGUAUUAAGAACUAUACCAAAUUGAAAAGAUAUGAAUGAAUACCCUAAGAAAAGAAAAAGGAAGACUUUACAUCCUUCUCGUUACUCAGACUCCUCAGGAAUAAGCAGAAUUGCAGAUGGAUUCAAUGGAAUUUUUUCUGACCACUGUUACAGUGUCUGUUCCAUAAGACAACCGGACUUAAAGUAUUUUGACAACAGAGAUGAUGAUUCUGAUACUGAAACAUCCAAUGAGUUGCCAAAAUUUACAGAUGGAAUAAAGUUCCGAAGUCGGACUCAGGGCUGCCUGCUGCCCAGCCCUGUGCUCAGGGGCCUGGAGCACGCUGCCUUCUCUGCAGAAAAAUCUGCCGAUAUUGAGAUUUGUGACGAAGAGUGCGACUCGCCCGAGUCGGUCCACCAGCACGCGCCGGAGGAGAGCCCCAUCGAAGUCCACACCGCCGAGGAUGUUCCCAUCGCCGCGGAAGUGCAUGCGAUUUCCGAAGACUAUGAUCUAGAGGCAGAAAACAAUUCUUCGGAAAGUCUCCAAGACCAAACGGACGAGGAGCCCCCGGCUAAACUUUGCAAAGUUCUCGACAAGAACCAGGCGCUGAACGUGACUGCCCAGCAGAAGUGGCCUUUGCUGAGAGCCAAUAGCAGCGGCCUGUACAAAUGCGAGCUCUGCGACUUCAACAGCAAGUACUUUUCCGAUCUGAAGCAGCACAUGAUCCUGAAACACAAACGCACGGAUUCGAAUAUGUGUCGCGUGUGCAAGGAAAGCUUCUCUACCAACGUGCUCCUCAUCGAGCACGCCAAGCUCCACGAAGAGGAUCCCUACAUCUGUAAAUACUGUGACUACAAGACCGUGAUCUUUGAGAACCUCAGCCAGCACAUCGCCGACACGCACUUCAGCGACCACCUCUACUGGUGCGAGCAGUGUGACGUGCAGUUCUCCUCGAGCAGCGAGCUGUACCUGCACUUCCAGGAGCACAGCUGCGACGAGCAGUACCUGUGUCAGUUCUGUGAACACGAGACGAACGACCCGGAAGACUUGCACAGCCACGUGGUAAACGAACACGCCUGUAAGUUGAUCGAGCUGAGCGAUAAGUAUAACCACGGGGAGCACGGGCAGUACAGCCUCCUGAGCAAAAUCACCUUCGACAAAUGUAAAAAUUUCUUUGUAUGCCAGGUGUGUGGUUUCCGGAGUCGGCUUCAUACGAAUGUCAACAGGCAUGUUGCCAUUGAACACACCAAAAUUUUCCCUCACGUGUGUGAUGACUGCGGCAAAGGUUUUUCAAGUAUGCUAGAGUAUUGCAAACACCUAAAUUCGCAUUUGUCCGAAGGGAUUUAUUUAUGUCAAUACUGUGAAUAUUCAACGGGACAAAUUGAAGAUCUUAAAAUUCAUCUAGAUUUCAAGCAUUCGACUGACUUACCUCAUAAGUGUAGUGACUGCUUGAUGAGGUUUGGAAAUGAAAGGGAAUUAAUAAGUCACCUGCCGGUCCAUGAGACCACUUGAUCUCUUUAACUUCCAUGAUAUUAAUGUAAAAUAGUAAGUCGAGCUUUUUUAAGAUGUUAAAAUGGGUGGUCCUUACCUCCAUUUAUGAGAAUUGUAUAGACAAUAAGAUUAUUUCUUUUAAUUGUCCUAUUUUCUUGGUAUUGUUAAAUUUUUUGGUAUAUAGUUGUAUUCAACGUGUGGUAUUUUCAGUGCAUGUUAUUUUAUAGUUUUAACCACUCUUCGUGACUAUCAUCCUGUUUCUUGCAUGUUCGCUGAUUCCAUGAAUUGAUAAGAAACAGAUGUACUAAAGAAACUAGACUACAGUUUUCCUUCCGUUACCAUAGGUGCUAUGAUUUUUUUUUCUUUAUACUCAAGAUAAGCUCAGUUGUUUGUGUUUGUUAUCAUUAAAGUGUUCUACUGCCACAACCUAAAUGCAAUGUAAUAUACCAUUGAAUCCACUGGUAAUCCCAUGAAUAACACAGACCUGCCUUUAUUUUUUAUUUAGUCACUGUGAAUUACAAAGUUGUUCAUGACUGGAUUUCUGUCAUACAGUGUUUCAAUACCAGUAGCCACUUCCUGCACCAGUGCUCCCAUCCCCAUUUGCCUCCUACCCGCCAGUUUUCCUCUUUGAGAGGCGCAUUUUUAUGACUUUUGGCACUAUGGUUUAUGGUACUGUUGCUGAGAGUCAAGUAUAACUUUACUACCUUUCAGCUGCCCUCCCCCCUCCCAGUUAAAUACUUCCUCCACUAUAUCCCACAUAUAGAGAGAUCAUUUUGUGUUGGUCUUUCUCCUCUAACUUUACUCAGCAUGAUACUCUCCAUAUCCAUUCAGGUAGCAGCCAGCUACAUGAUUUUUUCCUUUUUGCAUAGGACUGGAUCGAUAGCACAGCAGGUGGGGCAUUUGCCUUCCACACAGCCAACCCAGGUUUGAUUCCUUCGUCCCUCUCGGAGAGGCCAGCAAGCUACCAGGAGUAUCCCGCCUGCACGGCAGAGCCUGGCAAGCUACCUGUGGAGUAUUCUGUAUGCCAAAAACAGUAAUAAGAAGUCUCACAAUGGAGACGUGACUGGUGCCCACUCGAGCAAAUUGAUGAACAACAGGACGACAGUGCUACAGUGCUAUCUUUUAUGGCCUAGUAAUCCUCCACUGUCAGACCCUUCACUGGCCAUGAAUUUAUCCCCAAGACAAUCAGGAAACAUUUUAAAUGUGAUUCUUUUAAUAACACUGUGAGAUCAUUGUCACAGUAGGAAGGAAAUAUUUUCCUUGCAUACCUGUUGUUCUUUUAAUUUAAUUUUUAGUUUGGGGCUUCACCAGUGGUGCUCAGGGGCCAUUCCUAGGUCUCUGCUCAGGAGUGACCCCUGUGAUGCUUCAGGAACCACAUACAAUGCCUGGGAUCUAAGCAGGGUUGGCUGUGUUGCAAGGCUAGUGGCUUAACCCCUGUGUGCCUUAGCCCUGUGCUAUCUUUUCAGCUCUCCAGAAGAUUGGUUUUUAAAUUCUCACUUUAUUUUAGCUCCUGUAUCGGUAUUAAAUAGUUUAAGAGGAAGGGGGCAGAACAUUAGUAUAGCGGAAAAGGUGUUUGCCUUGCAUGCAACCAACCUGGGUUUGAUCUCCAGCAUCCCAUAUGGUUGGUUCCCUGAGCACUGCCAGGAGUGAUCCCCAAGCACAGAGCCAGGAUUCAGCCCUGAGCAUUACUAGGUGUGGCCAAAAACAAACCAAAAUGGGAAAGAAAAAAAAAGACGCAAAUAGGGAAGAACUGGGAAGAGGGUGGCCGGACAAUUAAAGCAACAUUUCAAAUUUAUGACCUCCUGACAUUUUAUUUUUACUAUUGUAAUUGCAGUUAAGCCCAAAUUUCUGAUGUCAAAUCAUGUGAAAGAAAGUGAAUUAUUAAUAAAGAAUUAGGAAGAUCUGGGAAAUA